UUCUCAUAUGAGGUUGUGUAUAUACAUUGUAUCAUUCUACACUAAAAAUUACAAAACUGAGACAUUCUAUAACAUCAUGCUACAUAUUCUGACUUGCGGCAUUGGGGGAUAUUCUACGUCACAAUUGUUACAAAUUCGUGUUUGACUAGACUGCAAUUACACUUUUUUAUAGAUGAUUAAGCAUUUUCAGUAAUAUGUAAAUUACAAUUUAUUUUAAUACGAUUAGAAGAUGUUGUUUUCUUUUAACAAUUUUGAAAAAGCCAUAUUUUGGGAUUGUGUCAUCCACAUAACUUGUUAAUUGAAUGGUCAUGAAAAAAAUUAUAUGACCAUUCUCUCUCUUAUUCUGGUACGGCAGUUAUCAUUUGCCGGCAUCAGUAUAUGCGCUUAAAUAAGCCAGGAACAGAAUAGCUAACUGACCCCAUUACUGUGACUGAAAUGUAUUUUUAUGUGUAGGGGUCUAUAAAAAACUGAUAACAUUACUGGAAUCUAAUUUUUCUAGUUCCUACAGGAUCCCAUACAAUCACAGUUUGGUACUCAGCUGAAUUACAGGCUCUCUGGUGAGCUGGAGCUGGUCGCCCAAGGACAAUUCCUGAGUAUAGGCGUCGAGCUCUUGGGCCAGGAAUUCGGGGCAAAGCUCAACGAGUCCUACCCCCAGGGUACAGCCACUCUAACCUUGGGGCUCCACACUUCCCUGCUCAGGGGCAGAGAUUAUCUCAUCUACAAGCCAGUGCAGUAAAGUGACUCCAAUUAAUGAGCUGACCAACACUCAGCCCACAGACCUACAGGGACUGUCAGUGGAGCUCAAAACUGUUCUGGGAGAAAUCAAAAGCCUUCAUAUCAGUCAGGAGGCCAGCGUUGAGUCAUUGCAGAAAACAUACAAGGAACAUAGGGAAGUUAUGAUAGAGCAAAUGUGUGGCAAUUUAAAUACUUAUAUAGAUGAAUGUGAUAAUAAUUCUGUGGGUACAUCAGGCGGAAAUGAGCAAUAUUUAAAAAAAGAGAUGUGUAGGAGUGUUCUCUCUAUCGUGAAUGAAUUUGAUAAUAUUACUGCGAAGGAACUUAACGAGAUGAAAGAUGAAGUUAUCAGCAUAAAAGAGUCAAUUACAAGUUCUAUUCAUAAAUGCACCAGUCUUCACAAUGACUUGUCACAUUUCCAUGAAUUUGUUCAGAAAAUUGGAGAUAAUAAGGAGCUCUGCCUUAUAGCCAGCAUAAAAUGUAAGCAUAUAAUACAGCAGGCAUUAACUCUGCUAGGAAAGUCAAGCAAGGUGUUUAAUGUCCAGAGUAUUACUAAGCACAAUGUGAGAAUACCAAGUGAUAAAGGUGUAUGUUAUAUCGGUGGCAUAUGUGUUCUUCCCGAUGGGCAGGUACUGGUUGUAGACUUGAAUAAUCAGAAUGUCAAGCUGCUGAACCAGCAGUACCAGGUGGUGAGUCACUGGGAUGUGAAUGCUUGGCCAGUUGACAUUUGUUUGAUCACACCCAGUGAGGUUGCAGUGGCUGUGAAUGACCAUGAAAGCAAGAUACAUGAGGUCCAGUUUAUCACUGUCAACCAGGGAAAACUUGUUCCUGGCAGGAAGUUUCAGUUACAACAUGAUUGUACAGGUAUUGACCAUCACCAAGGAGUCCUUUUUGUCAUCUCUAGUGAAGAACUGUACAAAUACACACUGAAUGGCAAACAGGUCUGCAGUCUCUAUAGGUCAUUGGAAUAUACAGUAGACAAGUGUGCUGUGAGUCCCACAGGAGACAGGCUGUACAUCAUCAGCUGGAACCAGGACAAGCUUCUGACCCUGGCCAGGGAUGGCCAGGUGCUGGUCUGUGGAUACUGGCCCCCCACUGUACUACAUGUUGGCUGGGAGGGAGAGAGUAAGCUGGCUACACUGGCUACUCAGGAGGAUGGAGUGUUGGGCCCAUCGUCAGUCUGCUUCAGCAGCACCACAUCAUCCAUCAUUGUGGGACAGUUGAGGGACGACAUCCUGGUGUUCAGAGUGAGCAUGAGCAAUGUUAUCGAGUUGACGUGGCAACGGCACCAGUCGGACCCCCAGGAGCCUCAGUACAGGAAAACCCUUCCCCUCUCCUGA